UUUUAUAUUGAGAGCGGCUUUUCAAACGAUUGCGCUCCCGUUAAAACUGUGGCAUCUACAUGUAUAUGCUCAGGAUUAUUUGCCAAUUUAUAAUUCAACCCAACUAACAUGUAAAAUCCAAAGUACACGUUAUUCUACUGUAACUUUGUAAAAUUGAGUGAAGUUUAAGAAAAACAGUAAGACCUGACUUUGGGGGAAUUUCCUCGCAUCUAGGGAAAUUUUGGGGGUUUUGUGCCAUUCCCCCAAAAUUUUCUGUUGCGGUUACCCCAAAAUAGAGAGAUUGAGUUAUAGACAACCGUUAAAGGUUUUAGCUCAAUGGAACGACAAUAAAGCGACUUUAAAAUAGCCCACUUACCUAAUAGGGCCUAAAAUGACUAUAGGUCAGUGCAAGAAAUUAGGAUUGGAAGUCAGGGUUUCCAUCACGAACUGGCAACAGUGGAAAUGUUAAAAUCCUAUUCAUUUAUAUGGGUAAAGGUUCUUCGCGCCAAAGUCCAAGAACUGCCGUCUUUAACUCCAUUGGUCUUCCCGUGAUUUGUAGUCUAUCCUGAAGAAGGUCUGAAUUCUGAAGCUCUCAAAAAUUCACUACGAAAUACGGCCGAUAGUUAGCUACGGUACUUGGGUACUACAGUUAAAUGUCGUUUUCCACUCAAUAAAUUAAUCAGUUCAAUGAAAUUAGGUUUCCACUGCUGGUUUUAUCCAUUAGUCUAAUUACUUCGUCCUGAGUGCCCAUAGUCGACAUCCAGACAAAAUCUAAUUGUAAUUGACUCUAGCUCAUCUUUUUAAAGGCUGUAAUGAGGAAAAGUAAUAUGUCAAACAUUCUCCUGAGCUAGUGACACCUCAAUCUAAGUACCCUGCUUAUUAUCAUGGACAAUCUCACAAAACUCCGAAUGAUGCUUUUUUAAAGGCAGUUUCACUUGGCUGAUUAACGUAAGAUUUGGUGAUCUGUCUUCCUAGCCUAGAUCUCUUUCUAAGAAUACUGAUGGAGAGGUUUUUCUUUCGUAACCACUUUUAGCUUGCCCAUCUCACUACAGAUAUUCGUGGACUAUUCAUGUUUUUACAUUGUUCAGACAGGAGAAUGCGUUUUUUUGGUAGUCACUUACGCAGUCAUAUUAAGAAGUGACUGAAGUAAAGUUAAUGUAUGUGUGAGCAGAAUUUACCGAAUCCACUUUUUGUUGAAAAAUAUUAUAGUUUAAUAGCUCAAUUAUACCUAUCUUCAAUUGAAAAUCACUGUACUGAGCUUGCUCCUAUCGCUUUAAAGUGUGUUAAUUUAGAGAAUCAGUAGUAAAAUAAAAACCACUUAACAAUCAUCCUUUUUGGGUUUAUAAAACAAAAUAAGCGAGAAAUAAGUUGAAAUAUUUCGGACUAAGCCAAAUGAACCUAAACACCAUAUUCACACUCGUCCUGGCUCAUCCUAUAUAACAUGUAUAUUGCGUUAAAUCGAGUGUUUCUAGUUUUUCAGUGUUUUUCCACUUUAAGAACCUUGCUGUCAGUCGUUUCACCAAGUUCUGUUUCGUACUAUCCUUGGCCAAACGUCAAUGACCAACAAAAAAUUUCGGUAAAGUCAUGAGUUCCAUUCGGGUCAUUCCUUUGGGCGCUGGGCAAGAUGUUGGUAGAAGUUGCAUUCUUGUCACUUUGUGUGGCAAAAAUAUUAUGUUCGAUUGCGGAAUGCACAUGGGCUAUAACGACGAUAGAAAAUUUCCUGACUUCACUUACAUUACCGACAAAGGGGGUCUCAAUGAUUACCUGGAUUGUGUGAUUAUCAGUCAUUUCCAUCUCGAUCACUGUGGAGCUCUUCCCUAUAUGACCGAAGUUAUAGGCUACGAUGGUCCAAUCUAUAUGACUCAUCCUACCAAGGCAAUUUGCCCAAUACUUUUGGAAGAUUAUCGUAAAAUCAAUGUAGAGAGAAGAGGAGAUCAAAACUUUUUCACUUCUGAUAUGAUAUAUCGGUGUAUGACGAAAGUUAGGUGUGUGUAUAUACAUCAAACAGUUAAAGUAGAUGAUGAUCUCGAAAUACAGGCAUUUUAUGCUGGUCACGUUUUGGGAGCAGCAAUGUUUCUUGUACGUGUAGGAACAAAUUCUGUCCUGUAUACCGGCGAUUACAACAUGACACCUGAUAGACAUCUUGGUGCAGCUUGGGUUUCUCGUUGCCGUCCAGAUCUUCUCAUUACGGAAAGCACUUACGCGACUACGAUACGAGAUUCAAAACGUACAAGAGAACGGGAAUUUUUGGAAAAGAUUCAUGCUCGCGUUGAGGCUGGGGGUAAAGUAUUAAUCCCUGUCUUUGCCUUAGGUCGAGCUCAAGAACUUUGUAUAUUGCUUGAAACAUAUUGGGAAAGAAUGAAUAUUUCCGUCCCAAUAUACUUCUCCAUGGGAAUGGCGGAAAAAGCUAAUGAGUAUUACAAGUUAUUUAUCUCGUGGACAAAUCAAAAAAUCAAGGAGACAUUUGUAAAACGAAAUAUGUUUGACUUUAAACAUAUAAAGCCUCUUGGGCAAGGAACAGUCGAUAAUCCAGGACCAAUGGUAGUCUUUGCCACACCAGGUAUGCUUCACGCUGGACAAUCCUUGCAUAUAUUUCGUAAAUGGGCUUCAGAUGAAAGAAAUAUGGUUGUAAUUCCAGGAUAUUGUGUUGCUGGAACUGUGGGUUAUAAGAUUUUAAAUGGAGUCAAGCGUCUUGAAUUCGAUAAACAAGUUUUAGAAGUUAAAAUGUCAGUUGAAUACUUAUCAUUCUCAGCUCAUGCAGAUGCUCGUGGUAUUAUGCAGUUGAUAUCUCAUUGUCAGCCUAAACAUGUGAUGCUGGUACACGGAGAAGCAAUUAAGAUGGAUUUUUUAAAAUCAAAAAUUGAACAAGAGUUUGGAUUACCCUGUUCGAAACCUGCUAAUGGAGAGAUUGUACAUGUAGAAACGGAACAACAAUUCAUUGUAGAAGCUUCAAGAGAAUUUCUUAAUCAGUCAUAUUAUUCGGAUGAUCCAAAUGAGCCACUGAUUAAACGUCCUCGAUCUAUUCAGGGCGGAAUUCAAAUUGAGCCUGAUGAAACCCCUAAACUACUUGAUCGUGCCUCAGUUUUGGCUUCUUUAAGUUUGAAAGAGCAUGUAAUGCGAUUUACUUCGACGUACGCAUUUUCUUCCUCUUCGAAUCUCACCACGAUUUUAGAUAAAUUUAUCAAACUAUGUUCAAAAUUACCCAUCGAUCCACCAAAAUUAGUACGUAACCAAAUUCUAUUCAACGAUUCAGUGGUUGUGUCAGUUUGUGAUCCUAUGUUGGAUGAAUUCGAUAAUGAAACUCGUGAAAGAUCAACAGCUCUACGUCGUACAGCUAACCUGCAAUCAAAGGAAUUCGUAUGUCAUGUAACCUAUAAUUUACAGAAUGAAAGUUUAGGAGAACAACUUAUCAAAAUGUUUAAAAAACAAAUUGUUAAUGUUUAAGAAGAUCUUUAAGAAUAUUGUACAAAGUAUUUCAUUAUUAUUGAAUAAUGAUUCUGAUGAAUUACAUCUUUAUCCAAUUAAAAAUAUAUAAAGCUUAAAAGGAAAUUAUGUUAAUUGUUUUUAUAAAAUUUCAAAUAUACAUAAAAUGUAGUCAAUAUUAAAUCUUUUAAGAAUAUUGGGAUGUAUGC